UACGCUGAGCAGAAAUUGGAACCGUCGGAGGAGGCCGACGGUCCGUCUGUCAGACUGGAAAAUAACUCAGUCUGGAGGAUAGCCAGGCCAAAACAAGAGGAGUUAUUUGUAACCUUACAGCUCAUUGUUUUUAUUUUAAGGAAUUAAGGGCUUGACAGGAUAAACAAAUAUGAAACUACAAAAGCUCUAGGACCCGAGUCACCUGAUUUGAGGGAGCAGAGGUCCUCUGUCCCCCUGGACGGAUCAGACAUGACAACAGGGGAGUGUUGCCACCUGCCAGGCUCGCUGUGCGACUGCUCUGGCAAUGCUGCCCUGUCCAAAACCGUGGAGGAGUCAGAUGAUCGCAGGGCGCAGUACGUCACACAGGUCACGGCUAAAGACGGACGCCUGCUCUCCACUGUCAUUAAAGCCCUGGGCACACAGAGUGAUGGUCCAAUUUGCCGGAUCUGCCAUGAGGGGGCCAACAGUGAAGGGCUCCUUUCGCCAUGUGACUGCACUGGCACACUGGGUACAGUGCACAAGAGCUGCUUGGAGAAGUGGCUGUCUUCCUCCAACACCAGCUACUGCGAGCUGUGUCACACAGAGUUCACCAUCGAGCGCAGGCCGAGGCCUCUCACAGAGUGGCUUAAGGACCCUGGGCCGAGAAACGAGAAGCGCACACUGUUCUGUGACAUGGUGUGCUUCCUGUUCAUUACGCCCCUGGCAGCCAUAUCAGGCUGGCUGUGCCUGCGAGGGGCUCAGGACCACCUACACUUCAACAGUCGUCUGGAGGCAGUAGGCCUCAUCGCGCUUACCAUCGCUCUGUUCACCAUCUAUGUCCUCUGGACCCUGGUGUCAUUCCGCUACCACUGUCAGUUGUACUCCGAGUGGAGACGAACCAAUCAGAAAGUGCGCCUGAUCAUUCCUGAUGCCAAGGGUGCCCAUUCUACCCAGCAUUCCUUGCACUCCACGAAAUUGCAUUCCUUGCACUCCACGUAUAUUUCUGACCGAUGCACAUGCAUCGGUUGUAUCGGUCUGGAUCCAUCCCUGUGAACCAGCUUCCUUAUUCAACACGGAAAACCCAGACUGGGCAACAAGCAAACUCGGACAUAACUCUGUAAAAAAUCCAACAAGGAGUGACAUGCACGAUACAUCCUGAAAGAAUAGAAAAGAUUAAGAGCAGAGAGCGCUGAAGCUUUACUUCUGUUAUCAGAGGAACCCAGUCCUGUGCAAAAUGUCACCAUGGAGCCAGAGUGUAGUAAUGAACCCACAGUUCGAGAGUGUUCGACACACACAGACUUCACUUUACAACAGCUGCAUGCAUGUGAAAUGGAAAUAAAUCGACUAAGGCAGGAAAAACUCUUUUGGAUAAAAUUAUUAUUGUCCAGUACACACUUAUCAACCUGUGUGAUUCAGUUAUGCCUUUUGAAUAGAGAAUAAAUUAAGAGGGAACUGAACAUUAACCGUUCAUUGAAAUUAUUAUUAUUAUUACAAGGGUGAGUAUAGUUCCUAUAUGACUAUAGCUACAAUUGGAAUGUGUUGAUUCUGUUAGCGUUUGUAAUUAUUGUACCAUCCACUGUUAGAUAAAAUUAAAAUAAAAUCUUACAUUAUUUGAAA